AUGAUGAGCAGUUCUAAUGCAGCAACUCCCAAGAUUCCGAUCUUUGAUCUGUCAAGAAAAAACACAAAUCCCAGUUCAGAUUCAUGGAUAGAAGAUUGCAAGAAUGUGAAGAAAGCCCUUGAAGAGUAUGGAUAUUUUAUAGCACAAUACGAUGAUGUUUCAGGAGAACUAGACAGGCAAGUGUUUGAUGUAAUGGAAGAGCUGUUCGAUCUGCCGCUCGAGAUCAAAACUAGGAACACUUCUGACUUGGUGUUCUAUGGCUAUGUCGGACAACUUCCCCAUGCCCCCCUCCAUGAAAGCAUGGGAAUUCCAGAGGUAACCACUUCUGAAGCUGUUCAAAGCUUCACAAAUCUCAUGUGGCAGUCGGGAAAUAAUAGAUUCAGGUUACUUACUCUAUCCUUGUGCAGUGAAAGCAUACUAUGUUAUGCUAAACUAGUAUCAGAACUCGAACAAACUGUGGACAAAAUGGUGUUUACAAGCUAUGGAGCACAAAGACACUACCAAUCCCAUAUUUCAUCAACAACGUACCUUCUCAGAACCAUAAAAUACUCACCUCCAGAUAGCGACAACGGCAACAGCAAUAAUGUGGGAACAAAUGUUCACACUGAUAAAGGCUUCUUAGCCAUACUUCACCAAAACCAGGUCAAUGGUUUGGAAAUACAGCUGAGGAAUGGAGAAUGGCUUUCUGUGGAUGUCCCGCCUGCUUCAUUUGUUGUCAUGGCAGGGGAUGCUUAUCAAGCAUGGAGCAAUGGGAGGAUAUUUGCAGCAAAGCAUCAAGUGAUAAUGAAAGGGGAUAGGCCUAGGUAUUGUCUGGCAUUUUUCUCAUUCAACUAUGGUAUUACCUGUAUACCGGAGGAGCUGGUGGAUGCAGAGCAUCCUCAGCAAUUUAAGCCGUUCGACAAUUUUGGGUUGGCACAGUUCUAUCUCAGUGGCACUACAGAUAUGACUGAGAGCACUGCCAAAGCAUACUGUGGUGUGAGUGCCUGA